AUGAAAGCACGUGCUGAGCAGUUACCUAUUGAAUUGUGGCUAUCAAUAUUUUCUUAUAUAGAAGUUCAUGAUCUCUUUCAAGCUUUUUCUAAUUUAAAUAAUUUUUUUGAUAAAUUACUUGCUUCACAACAUCUUUUAUUAUAUGUUCAACUAGGAUCAACAAGGAAAAAUUAUAAUUCUAAAUUUAAUCAAUCGAAUUUUUAUUGGUCUAAUUCAAUACUUGAUCGUAUAACAUGCAUUCAAUUUUUUUCUGAAUAUGAAUCUGAUGAUCUUCUUCAAUUUGUUCAAUCUUAUUCGAAAAAAUUUAUUCAAUUAAAAUCAUUAAUAAUUCAAGCAUCUAUACAAAAUAUUUCAUCUAUUUGUAGUGCAUUAGAACAGCUUAAUUCACUUCAAAGUAUAUCUCUAACAUGUAAACCAUCUCAAAAGUUACUUGAUGCUAUUCUUCAUAUAUCAACUCUUCGUAUAUGUCGAUUAAGAUUUUGGCGACCAAUAUCAACUAUCAAUUAUCAUUCAGGUACAAAUAGUAAUGUUGAAAUACUACACAUAAAACUUUUAGAUGAUCCAAAUCAUUCAAUUGUUUAUUUACUUUUAUCACAUAUGCCAAAAUUGAAGUAUCUUGAAAUUGAAAAAUGUCGUUCCGUACCAUUAUUUGCACAAGAACUAUUUAUUCUUGAACAUCUUCAAAUACUGAAAUUCAUUUGGGAUCGCCAUCAAUAUAAAUCAGAUUAUUUUGCACAUUGUCAUACAGUUAUACCAUAUUUAAAAAGUUUAUAUCUUACUGUAUAUUAUUUACAAUUCGAUGAAGCAUUUGAUAAUAAUUUAAUUGAUUUUUUAUGGACAUUGCUAAUAAAAAUGAAAUCAAUUAAAAUUAUUAUUCUCUGUAAUCAAUUAAUGACAACAGUCAACAAUGAUAUACAAACGAAAUUAGAUACUUAUUGUCAACAACUGUCAUUUGAAUUAAAUUAUCGAUCUGAUGCUAUUUUUCAGAUUAAAUGGACCGCAGGAAAAGCACACGAAUAUAGAAUUCAAAUUACUUCUCAAUAA